AUGUCCUCCACUAUGCGCGAUUUCCAUCAUCCUUAUACGCCAUACGACAUCCAACAGCAAUUUAUGCAGGCCCUGUAUGACUGUUUGGAAGAAAGCAAGAUCGCCGUCUUUGAGUCCCCUACUGGUACUGGAAAAUCCCUGAGCUUAAUCUGUGGCUCUUUGACAUGGCUUCGGGACCAUAAGCGCCAGGCAUUUCAGGAAACAGUCGACAAUGCAACAUGCGAUGAGGAUGAGCCCGAGUGGAUGGUCGAGUUUGCCAAGCGGGAGUCCCGUCAGGCUAUAACCGAGAAGCGACAGGAAUUUGAAGCGCGGCUCACCAAGAUCCGCCAAGAAGAAGAACGCCUAAAGCAGGCCCAGAAGAUCUCUGAUCGCCCGAGAAAGAAGCAGCGACUCGACGAACCAACGUCUGAGACUGUCGACGAAGAACAAUAUGUUCUUGAUGAUUAUGAUAGCGAUACAGAGCAGAAAAAGCCUGACUCUGGCAAUGAGGGUCUAUCUGCCAGCACUUUGGCUUUGUUAGAACGCUUUAAAGGACAGUUUUCUUCUCAGAAGAAAGAGGAAGACAAUGACGCAGAUGAUGAAGUAAAAAUCUUCUACUGCUCAAGAACGCACUCUCAGCUCAGUCAAUUUGCCGGUGAACUACGACGAGUCACAUUCCCAUCCAGUAUACCGAGCGAUCUUGAUCCAGAGAAUAAAGAUGAAUCCUCCACACUUGAAGAGCGUGUGAAACAUCUCUCGUUGGGUUCUAGGAAGAACCUUUGCAUCAAUCCCAAAGUACGGGCAUUGGAAAACAGCACUGCGAUUAACGAAAAAUGUUUAGAUUUACAACAGUCCGGUGUGGCAGCUGAUAAAAAGUGCAAAUUCCUUCCAUCUAAGGACGAUGAGGCCCUGUCCAUUCAAUUCCGCGACCACACUCUGGCAACCAUCAAGGACAUUGAAGACGUAGGCAAGGUCGGCAAAGAGCUUGGGAUAUGUCCCUACUAUGCAUCUCGUCCCGUUAUCAAACAUAGCGAGAUAAUCACCCUCCCAUAUCCACUGCUGUUGCAAAGAUCAGCCCGUGAGGCUCUAAAUCUGUCCGUCAAGGGUCACAUUGUCAUAAUCGAUGAAGCCCACAACCUAAUGGAUGCAAUCGCCGGCAUCCAUUCGGUGACAGUCACACUGAGCCAGCUGCAAACUGCCAUCACACAGUUGACGACAUAUGCGCGCAAGUUCAAAAAUAGACUUAAAGGAAAGAAUCGAAACUAUGUUGCUCAGGUUAUCCGGCUGGUGAGCUCGAUUGCAGACCAUCUACGACCAAUCUCUCAGCAAAAGGGACAAACAGAAGGAUCACUGCAGACAUCAGAUCUUAUGGCUGGCAAAGGAGUCGACCAGAUCAACCCUUACAAACUAUCUCGGUAUCUACAAGAAAGUAAACUCGCCCGGAAAGUGGAUGGAUACGUUGAAUCCGCACAAGAGUCUCAACCUGGCCGCUCAAAAGACAAGGCAACUAUGCCGGUCUUGUUCCAUAUCCAAAGCUUCCUUCUUCCUUUGAUGAACCCGUCGGAAGAGGGAAGGCUCUUCUAUCAAAAAAGUCAAGAUGAUAUCAUGCUGAAAUACAUGCUUCUUGAUCCUACAAAUCACUUUCGCGAGAUCGCUGAAGAUGCCAGGGCUGUCAUCUUGGCUGGCGGUACCAUGUCUCCGAUGUCAGACUAUGUAAACCAUUUGUUUUCAUAUCUGCCCCCGGAACGACUUGGUACAUUCAGCUACGGCCACGUUAUCCCGCAUACCAAUCUAGUGGCACAGUCCUUGACUCAAGGGCUCUUGGGGUCUGAGUUCGAUUUCACCUAUGAGAAACGAAACUCUGAAAAGAUGAUCGUGGACCUUGGUCGCACCUUAGCAGGCCUUUGUCAAAUCAUCCCAGAUGGCGUUGUUGCUUUCUUUCCUAGUUAUGACUACCUGAGCCAGGUUGUGAAUGUCUGGAAGAAACCGAUUCCCAACGGCAAUGGCCAAUCCACCCUUGAUCUACUGGAACGAAAGAAGAAGGUUCUCUAUGAAUCUCGUGAAGCUGUGACAUCAACGGACGCCUUGCUAAAGGAAUAUACCGAUGCAGUUGAAUCGGGGUCUGGAGCCUUACUGCUUUCCAUCGUUGGUGGAAAAUUAUCUGAAGGCAUCAACUUCUCUGAUAAGCUAGGACGAGGCGUUUUUAUCAUCGGUCUACCAUUCCCUAACAUUCACAGCGCUGUCUGGCAAGCAAAGAUUCAAUACCUUGAGGAAAAGGCCUACAGGCAGGCGUCUGGUUCCGAGUCUGAAAGAAAAGCAGCAGGCAAGGCGGCCGGAAGAGACUUCUAUGAGAACUCUUGCAUGCGUGCAGUGAAUCAAUGUAUUGGUCGAGCUAUUCGACACGUGAACGAUUAUGCUGCGAUCGUCAUGAUUGAUCGUCGAUAUGAUUCGCCUCGCAUCCAAACAAAAUUACCGGGUUGGAUUCGAGGGAGCCUGGUGCCAACACCACCCACGCGGGCGGCUCAGAUGACCGUGCAGAGACUUUCCAAGUUUUUCGCCGAAAAAAAGCGAAGCACAAUACCAAAAUAG